AUGACAGUGAAGAAGAAUCAGACUCUGCAGAAUGGUAGUGCCAAGGAGAACGUGCUGCAGAGGGUCCUGCAGCUGCCGGUGGUGAGCUCGACCUGCGAAAGCCUCCAGCGCACCUACGCCAGCACCAAGGAGGCCCACCCGCUCAUGGCCUCGGUGUGCGAGGUCUACGAGCGGGGCGUGCAGGGUGCCAGCGCCUUGGCCAUGUGGAGCGUGCAGCCCGUGGUGCGCAGGCUGGAGCCUCAGUUUGCUGUGGCUAACGACCUGGCAUGCCGGGGCUUGGACCACCUGGAGGAGAAGAUCCCUGCCCUCCAGUACCCUGUCGACAAGCUUGCAUCUGAACUGAAGGGCACCAUCUCCUCCCCCCUCCAAAGUGCCAAAAGCACCAUUGGCAACUCCGUGGAUAAGAUCAUAGAGCUGGCAGCAGAGGGCUACGAGGCCACCAAGAGCACGGUGGAAACGACGGCAAGGUACACGAGGAGGAACUCGGUGAGCCAGAUGGCAGCCGCAGGGGUCGACACAGCCCUGGGAGGGCUGGAGAAGCUGAUGGAGUACCUGCUGCCAGAGGAGGACGAAGAAGCAGAUCAGAAGCCCAAAGAGACAUGUGAGUCAGCAGCAAAGGUCUCCCAGCAGCAGUCCAGCACUCCCAGUGCUCCCAGUACCCUGGGCCGGAUCAGUGCCUUGGUUGGUACCGUCUCCCACCGCGCUUACCAACAAACUACCCAAAGCCUCCAGCGUGCCAAAGCCAAAGGGCAGGAGCUGGCUACCUGGAUCCCCAUCCUGGGCAACCUGGCCAAGCCAAGCGUACCUGAAGCGCCACGGCUCCACAGUGAUGGGCAGAGCACCACGGCCGGCUGGUUGAGCCGGCGGCAGAGCAAGGUGCCAGAGCAGAAACAGGAGAAGGCGGGGAAGAAAGACAACAACCACACCAAGGAAGCAGGGGACGACCCUGGGCUGGUUGGCAGCAUGGCUCACAACCUGCAAACUGCCUGCGCCUCGGGCAUCUCCAGCGUGAAGAAGGUCCCGGCCGUGGCCUGGGACGCGGCGGAGGGGUUGAUCCUCUUCACCCCCCGCAGGCUAUCCAAGGCCAUGGAGACGAUGGAUGCUCUCGGGGGGACCCUCGUCAGUGCCCCCAAGCAUCUGCUGGGCACCCUGUACAGCUACGUGCCGCUCCGCAGGCAGUCAGUGAAGGAAGAGGAGGCAGCUGCAGGCAGCAAGCCGAGCCCGGAGAAGGAGCAGAAGGAGGAGGAUGCCAAGCCUGCCGCUCCCUCCGCUGAGGAGAAAUCCCAGCUGAGGGGCGACUGGCGGCUGUACCGCGGCCAUCACCCCCUCUCCUUCCUGGGGCUCGAGGACCCUCUCUUUCUGCGGCACAACCUCUACCGCAGUCCUGCCUUCGAGCCCGAGUGCCCCCUCCCACGGAAAUCCGCCUUCGCCCCCUACAACAGGAGGGUGAGCGAGGGCUCCUACCGCUUCAGCCCUGAGGCCAUGUACAGCCGGGCUUACUACACCAACCUCUACAGUCCUGCCUUCAAGAAGGACUGA